UUCGAUUCAACUCGAAUUGUUGUUUACAUUAUUUAAAAUGAGUUUAAAUCGCCAAAUUUUAUCAAUUGGCGUAAAUUUGGUAAGCCAAGCGUUGGUAAAAGUGCUUUUAGCGAUGCUGAAAGAUAAACUAAAAGUAAAAAAGCGGAAAAUGUGGGUGCGCAAGUGGAUCCGAAGGCGUGCAGAAUUGGGUGCAUCUGAUAACUUAUACCGGGAGUUGGCAUCCGAAGAUGUUAACUAUUUUAAGCAAUGCUUGAGGAUGAACCCUGCACAAUUCGAAGAUUUGCUUGCAAAAGUGGCGCCGCUUAUUGAAAAGCAGGACACAAUAAUGCGUGAGGCACUUACGCCUCGAAUAAAACUACAAAUUGCUUUGAAGUUUUUGGCCACGGGCGACAACUAUUUAAGCCUGUCAGAGAGCUUUCGAGUUCCAAGGUCAACUAUCUCUGAGCUCCUAAAAGAAGUGCUUGAUAGCAUUUAUGCUGUUCUGCAAGAAUAUAUUCAGGUUCCUAAGACAACAGAACAAUGGUUAGAGGUGCAAAAGGAUUUUAACGAUAAGUGGCAGUUCCCUUUCUGUUGUGGCGCUAUUGACGGGAAGCACGUUGUAAUAGAUAACCCACCGCAUGGAGCAUCGGAUUACUACAAUUACAAGGGUACUUACAGCGUGGUGCUAUUCGCCAUAGUCGAUGCACACUACCGUUUUUUAUAUAUUGAUGUCGGUACGAAUGGGCGCAUGAAUGACGCAAGCAUUUUGAAGAAGUCCCGAUUUUAUAAAGAACUGCAGGAGGAUGAGUUGGGAUUACCAACUAAGGGUGUCUUCGUUGGCGAUGACGCGUUCCCCUUAACAACGAGGAUCUUGAAGCCGUAUUCCAGGCAUGAUGCAUUGCCUCACAAGGAAAAGAUUUUCAAUUACCGGCUGUCGAGAGCUAGACGGAUUGUUGAAAAUGCCUUUGGAAUAAUGGCUUGUAGAUUUCGAGUUUUUCGAAAGCCUAUAUCUGUGUCCCUAGACAAAACCGACAGCAUAAUUAAAACGGCAUGCGCACUCCAUAAUUGGCUCCGGACAAGCAAUUUAAAUGAAACUGGCUUAGUCGAUCAGGAAGACAUAAACACAGGAGCAGUUCAGCAAGGAAGUUGGAGAAGCAUUCCUUCAGGGGGCUUACAAGAACUAACGACGCAAUUGUCUUCAAACAACUACUCGAGAAGUGCAAAGGAACUUCGCGAUAAAUUCGCUAACUAUUUUGUAGGGUCAGGAGCUGUUCCUUGGCAAGACAAAAUGGUUUGUUAAGCCAUUAAGUUGUUCUUUUGUUUGUUAGUUUUCUAACUAAACUUGACUAAAUCUAAACUUGACUAAAUCUAAACUUGACUAAAUGUAAACUUAUUCACAUUAUAUGCAUUAAAAAUUGAAACUGGAAAACUAAAUAUUUAGUUUAAUUUUCAUAUGUUGAUAAAAUCACGAAGAGUAUCAUUUCUUUCUAAUCAAGGUUCGUAUAUUUAUGCAUAAGCGCAUGAAUCAAAAUAUAAAUCAAUGCUGAGUUGAAACUCGGCACAAUUUUUCUUUAAAAGCUCCACAUGUAAAUGUGUUGUAAUCUUUGGUGGCGGUGCAGGGUUCUCAUGUCAAAUGUCAAAACGAAGUUACUAUAAAUAAAACCUUGAUGCAAUAAUGAAAGGUGUUAUAGGUUGGUUUUGCAUUUAUUAGGCCAUUUCCUUACUGUUUCCUGGCCGACCUGUGCUGGUAUUGUGAUUAAGAGCUAAUACACCAUCCUCUGGGGAACUGCAGCUGCAGCCGAAUUUGAUUGUGUGCACCAUCGUGCAGAUGAAUUUUUCCUGUUGCGCCUUUGUGCGCGUUGGAGUAAGUUGCAAACCAUUGGAGACGGUUAAGGUGUGUCGGACAGGGGCCAAAGUUAAGAUUCCUCUAUGGAGACUCAAAAAAUUAAUAUUAUUGUUUUCAUCUAGUACCUAAAAUCGCUACUACUAUAGCGACUCCAAUCGGGACCAAAAUUUAUAUGUGCUACCAAAUGUGAAUAUAUAUUGUGAGCUAUUUGACAGAUUUUGUAUAAAUCUGAACUCGAAAUGAAAAUGAGUUAGGGCCUUUCUAUAUUAAGGUAACGAUAUACAUAUACUGCAGGUCACUUGAUUAGAGCAUCAGUAUUCAUAGUUUUCUUUUUGUUCGUUUAAAAGUAAUUAAUUUUUUUGUAAAAAUAAAGCCUAGUCUAACAAAAACCAUGUAAAUACGUAAACUUUGUACAACAGCAGAGUUUCUAAUUUGCAGUGGCAAAUAAAACUUCAGCGAUGCCAACAGCA